AUGGUUUACUGGCAACUGUCCAUUGAAAAGUGCAAUGAUUUCCCCUUCCUGGCUAGGUAAUGAGACUUCACCAAGACAGAGUAAUUAGCCACGCCGGAUGCGCACAGGUGAGCACUGUUCCCAACGCCAAGUUCGUUGUAUAAGAUGGUGAGCAACCAUCACACCAAUAUCAAACACACGUGAUGAAAUUGCGAUAAUUAACGACGCAAGUGUCAGAGAGUAAACAGUUGUCACACCAAGUGCAACGAUCCCUACUGAGAGGGGGGGGCGCCGUGAACAUUCAUAGAUGUGCGGUUGCAGGGCGACUGCACCCUAUAAAUAUUGCACCCCCUUGUGCAUGAACCAUUCGUAUAUGCUUUUGUCUCUGAUGAUGGGUUCGAGCAGGGAUUCGACACGUCAAGAAAAUAAAGCUCUCAUCCCAGGGAUCGUGUCUACUUGUUUGCAGUCUGUGGACGCUUUCGAUUUUAUUACCGUCGCAGACGUUCAUUAAACCAAAGUAAGAGCAGCGGUACUCAGGAACAGAAAAAAAAACAUUCGAUAAAGUCUUAGCUUUAUUUCCGGAAGAAGGUCAUGUAUAUAGUAUGAAUCCACAUACAUGCGCUAUUCUGGUAGAGCUUUCAUCUGCAUGAGUGAUACAAUAAGCUCAUUUUUAUGACUUAAACCUAGAUUAUUUACGUUUAAGCAUUCUGAGAGUGGGUUAUUCUGAAAAAUGAAGGGAUCAGGAAGAUUGGCAGGGUCAAAAGACAUGAAACCACAUUUGGAUGAUGAAAACUCUAUCUACCAUGUCGAACUCCAAUUUCAAAAGCGUAGUAACUCUGCAUUACUUUUUGCAACAGAGACGUUUGCAGUGUCCUGAGAAUAUGAGUACACACACUUGAGGUCAUCGGUAUAAAUAAAAGUUUGUGAAUGUCUAAUUUCAGUCGGAAUAUGACUGAUGUAAAGAAGGAAGAGUGGCGGGCCCAGAACUGUGCCUUGAAAUACGCCACUCCUGAUCGAGUAAAGUGUUGAGUAGAUACUACCGACCAUGGCUUUCUGAUAGCGGUUGAAUAGAUUGGACCCGAUGAAUCCGAGCAGAGGCGGCCAGAUGCCGAAAGCUUUCAAUUUCACCAAAGGACUCUACGGGGCACCUUAUCGAAGGCUUUGCCACGAUCAAUGUAGAUAAUUACCACUGACUGGUGUUCAUUACGGAGAGAAGUGAUAAGACUAAGAAAUGCCAAGUGGCAAUUUUGCAGGAUCGCUCAGGUAGAAAUUCAUGCUGAUUAGAGCUUAUAAGCCGAAUUCCUAGAAGUCCUUGAAAAUAUUCCUUUCAAGAAGUUUUGCUGGAGACGGGGUUUUGCGCACGCCCCGAUGGUUAUCAACAUCAGACAGAGAUCCAGACUCGUAGACAGGAAUGAUAAUUGACGUGCUAUAGGUUUCAGUAAAGAGUCCCUUUGAAAUACAAAUUGAGAAGGGUAGAUUCCUGUUUAAUAAUCGAAUUUGGAAUUCUGUCCGUUUCUGAUCACUGUGAGUUUCCAAACGACUUAUGUUUUUCUUAAUUAGAUCCUAGGCGACAUCGAUUGUACCUAGUGUCUUAUCUGAAAGUGAACGAAAGAAUGGGACUGGUUUGGAUCCAGUAGUAAGGGGUUUUGAAAAGAAAGCACUAAUUAACUCAGCCUUGUCAUUGUCCUCGAUGAGAAAGAUUUAGUUAUCCUUUAGCAGGGUUGGAAGUUCGCGACCACGCUUAGAGGAGGACCGAUGACGGAAGAUAUUAGCGAUUUUCCUUGCCUGUCGCGCGCUUAGCGCACCCUCGAGGCCUUUUCAAACAUCUCUGUGAUUUUAAUAUGAACGGAUAAGGAGCAAGUAGACAGGUCACGCCGCUGUCGCUUCAACUUUUUUAGUCCGUUGCGAAGAAUUCAAGGGACGAGGGAAUCUGAAGAAUUAGACUUCAGAUAUCUGCGCUGCACAAACUCUAGGAUGUCCUUGGAACCAUUGGACAUGACCUCCCGAACAAUGGUUGAAUCGUUACAGGAGAGGAAGCCACACCCAUCCAAAGAUCUAAUGUACAUAGUUACUUAUUAAGUCGUUAUCUACGCAGUCGUAGCUUAUGCACAUCCGAACUGUGUUGGUCUUCUUGGAAAAGGCAAGCUGUACGUAACAAUGAACUAAUACAUGGUUACUAUCAAAAAGUCAUUUGUGAGGGCAACAAAAUGAGGAGCAAUGUCAAUGCUAAAGAUUAGAUCUAAGAUGUGAUUAUCUCUCAUAGGAGAGCACACCAGUUGGGACCAGUUAGAAAAAUUGCCAAUAUCUUGGCACAUUACAGUGUAGUCAAGUGGGAGAGAGGGGUGGCGGCUGAGAACUAAAGGAAACAAAGUCGAAAAAGUCUAAAAGUACACAGUGGUCCAAAUGUUAAAAUCGCUGAAAAUAGAAUAGGAUGAUCAAAAGGCAGUUUAAAAUAUUUCUGCGAAAAAUGAUCAAAAAUCGAUCCCAAGCUAGUUCACAGGUGGAAGGUGGAAUAUAAAAACUAGCAAAUAAAACUACUUUAAAAUUAUUUAACAAAUGGGGUCUGCAUAUAACAGGGAAAACAUCUAUCUGAUCAUGAGAGCAGGUAAACACGUUCUUACAGUUUCAAAUCAGUUCUGCUCGACGGAAAUGGUUUCCCCCAUCUGCUGGAUAAAGAGGAUUCGCAAUUGUUUCGAAAGAAGCGGAUGGAAGGAGAAGUUAUUAGAUGAGACUGGGUGUAACUUUCCCACCUUGCUUCCUGAAGUCAAAUAAUUUCGGUUAUACUGUAUUCUUAGCUGAAAAAAAUCAUUCCGUAUUAUGAGUUCUACUAAAAAUCAAGCAACAGUGGACGGAAGGAAGCCUAGAAAUGACAGAAUAUCCUUUAGCUGACGAUUCGGUGCCAUUUGUCAAAUUCAGAACUAAAUCUGUUUCCUCUAAAUUACAGGCAACUGCGCGGCGAUCUCAUUCGAACCUACAGGCUUUUCAGAGGUCGUGAGUGUGUCCUAGACUUUGAUGAAUUCUUCGAAUUGGCCGGGACUGACCGCCUGCGUGGUCAUCCCUUCAAGCUGCAGAGGAAGCUGGCCCAUUCGGACGUCCGACGGAACGCCUUCUCUCACAGGGCCAUUGGGGCAUGGAACGGACUGCCUGAUGUAGUGGUUCUUUUCGAAAGUAUCGAUUCCUUCAAAUGUAGACUAGAUGCUCAUUUGUUGAGAAACUACUGUACAUACAAUAACGAUUGUUUUAGCGGCGGUAGUUUGCGUCUGGCUCACACUUACCGCUAAUUUUUUAACUUUCGGCAUUUGCUGAUGUAAUUGAUGACUUUAUUUCUGUUUAUCGAUAUGCAUAGGGAGCUGAAGGGCGAAAGCCUCAUUUCCUUAAUAAACUGACUUAAACUGACUGACUUUCUUUCGGUGUAUGCAUGUUCGGUGAUAGUAGUGGGAUAGCCCGAAAUAAUUUCAAGUACGACAAAUUGACUGCAAAGAGGACUAUCUGACGUCAUAUAAUUUGCCGGCAAAUUCGGAACGGAACUUGCGUAAGAUCUAAUUUUACUUAAAAUGCUGCUAAUCUAAUGAACCGUAACCUACACCACUAGACCGCACAAUCACUAUUACUAUUUAUAGGGUUGGUGUUUGGAGGACCACAAAUGACAAUGAAUAUUGGUGAUAUAAAACGCAAUGUCUUGUUUGCUAUAGUUUUGGUUUCUGAUAAUAUUUCUUAACAUAAAAGUAUGCUAUAAAUACAAAUAAGAUGGAAUGAUGAUGACUCGAGUUUGCUCUGUUUUCUUUUCACAAUGCCACUUGACCAAUCACAACGUUGGAUUCGAAUCUUUAGACUACUUCAACGCCCGAGGUCCUACAAAUGCGCCAGAAAGUUAACCGAUGAAGGAAAUAGGACGCUCGGGUUUCGGCUUUCUGUUGUCUGCGGACUUUGUUGCUAAGCAAGAACUCCUGCGGCCCUACAUCUGUACAUUAGGUCAUUAGCGAGGACUUUAGUAGGUUCAAUUUAAUACACGCACCAUUACUUUUUAUAAAUUUUUCCUUAAUUCUCCUUAGUGUUCGCCCUCAAUCGGAGCAGGGACUCUACACUUGCGUAUUCUACAGAUGGCCUAAGACAAAGAAAGCAAGGAAAGGGUCAGCAUACUACUGGUGAAAUAGGCUACGUGGUUUAUAGUUGCAAAAAUUACCACGCAAAUUAGGAUAAUAAAAAAUAACUCCCCAAAUUCACAAAUAAGCCGUUUAAGCGCCUUUUUAAAGCCGAUAGAGACCAUAUUCCCUUCAUCAAUAGCUCUGGUCCAGCGGUCUAAAUAGUAGACCAAGCCUGUCACGCAAGACCUGCCUCUAAAGAUUCUACGCUAUUCAUCAAAUCGUAAAAUAUUCUGCCUCAAAGGCACACCAAGACUUUAUGAGGCUCAUCGUUCUUUUACUGUUGUGGGCUCCUUGCCGUCACCUGCAAAUAGCGGAGUAAUUCGUGGAGACCUCCUGUCGGCGGCUAAAAAUCAGGACUUCGAACAAGGCUGCGGAAAGGAUGAAAGGUGUUUUGGCAAAUUUUCUAACAAGCUUCUUUUUACAGUCUCGAUGGUAUGCAAUAUACAGCCGGUCCUUUUAAUUCCUUUGGAAGUAAAAACUCACAACAAACAAUCGUUUCGGCGAAAGGUACAACCUCGGUCGCCAUACCUUCCUAUAAGUCAAGUUCCCCUGUAAACGACCUUAAAAUUGUAAAAGGCGGUCUUCCUUAGCUUAAUCAGCACGGAUUCGCUUGCCUUUAUGAGGCUUCAGUAGGAACACUGAGUAUUUGUUCCUCAAAAGUUCAGAGCAAACACAUUACGAACGACUGUUAAGCAUAUGCGAGUGGUCUAUAACUGUGCUACACCUCUUCGUUUGUGAGGACAAUAGACGUGUGAAGGGACUGUAACCAACAACCGAUGGAAGGCGAGCGACCUCAAUAAAGGUUAUUUUAACACCAAAGAGUCUUACCUUUCUCAGAAAUUUAUAUAAACAUUUCGCAUUUGGUAUUAGAUAAACAUAAGCUCAACCGCCAUCUCUGCAUCCUCCUUUUCGCUACGACAGAGUUGUCGCCCAAUCAAACGUUAUUUUCCCCCUGUGCACAAAAGGCAAUGUCGCGGCUCAGUGAUGACCCUCAUAAGCCAAGUUCAGAGACAUCUGUGAUCCGAAAAGGGGAAAAUUACGUGAAUUGAAAGCAAUUAAAUCAUUUGUAAAUGGAGAUGGAUACGUGCAACACCGCGUCCGAACAUGAGAGCGGGUCAGGGAAAUGGUCAUGUUAUAAGACAGAUCGCUGCAAAUGAAAAAGUCCCGAAGAUGGACAAUGGGCAGAAGGUGCAAAAGAAACCCCAAGUAAAUAGAUACUUAGACAAAGAAAACAACGGAGCAGGAAAAUACUGAAAAUUAUCAGUCAGAUUUUACUAGGCCGAAAAGUGAACGGAAAAUAUGGAAUAAAAGGUGGACUACACGGCCCAUUGUGCGUAACCAAUAAAACAGAACGAGAAAACUGCGCAGUUGCAACAUCAACUUCAAUUAAAGGUGCGAUGUAAAGAAACAAAGACUGAGGAAGAACUAAUAAGUAAGACAUAACAUCAUACACGAUUUUCUCGCUCUUUCAACAGUAUGUAUACAUACAUACUGCUGAAAGAGCGAGAAAAUCAUCCGUAUAACAAGAGAAAUUAAAACUGGCUAGUCACGAUAAGUGGCGCUAAUUAAGUCCUCGACGCCAGAACAAUUGUACAUCCCUUCUCCUCCUUCCCUCUUUCUAAAUCAUCCCAAUCUUAACUGACUGUAAUCUUAGUUUAGGAAAUUGACCGAGCUGUAUGACUAAUACAAACAGUACACUAUAUAAUGAACUCAAGCUCUAUCAAACCCCAAACCUAAUCUUAACUCAAAUCCCGACCUUAGCCCCGAACCUAACCCUUGUCUCAAAUUUGUCCUAAAACUAACCCUACACCUAACUCUAAACUUCAUACCAAAUCUAACCCUGACCCUGGCAUGAACUCUAACCUUAACCACAACCUUAGCUCUAGCCCUAACCUUGACCUCAAAUUUAACACCAACCCUGACCUUAGCCUCAGAUUUAACACUAACCCUAACCAAGCCACACUACUAAACCCAGCGGUAAAAUUUAUCAUGAACCUAAACUGUACCAAACCCAGACCCUAACCCUAACUCCUAAACUAACCCCAACCAUAACCCACACGACAACUCGAACACUAACAGAGUUCGAAAGUCGUGUGAAUUCCCCGUUCUGAAAUCACAACAGCCGGCACCAUUGGAGGGAGCCAGGAAUUGUAGUCUAGGACGCCAUGACCCCCGGUCAACUACGUAUUUCAAGACGCCAUACAUCCAGUCGGACCAGUUUCUACGACCCACCUCCACAAGCUUAAUCCGUACAUAGGGCGCCUACCCACCACAACGACGAACAUGCUGCCAAUUGUUUCACCGCAUCUGGUACCUUCACCAACUACCGAAGUCCUGGUGGGUGAUGCUCCGCCCAGUGGUCCUGCGGAUAUGGCCACCUUUUGAAGGAGGCAUAGUGUAGUAGAGUCCCUGGGACGGAGUUUUGUUUGACUGAAUGGAGGCCAGGCAAAAAAUCGAGGUUGGAUCGGAAGGUGGACAGGGCUUAUCGCUUGCGUUGUGACGUCAGAUUUCUGCCCCUGAAAUAAGUCCAUAGUCCACGUAAUCAAACUACUGAUACGCAUUUUUAUAAUUGUUUUUCGGUCGGCAGUUGAAUAGAUAGUUCGAUAUUUGGUUCAUGUUUAUACUCGUAUUAUUGUGCAGUUCAGCUUAUUGAGGGAAAUAGGCGUAAGCCUUUGAGUAUCCUAUUUGCAAGGUAAAACUAGGUGCGGUGUACAGGUCAAUUAUUUGGGCUGAAAUAAUUUAAACCAGCCCAAAAUGGUAUGAAAAAUCGGAGAAAGCCACUGGGGUGAGCUCGAUCACUCAUCCCUCUUUGUUAUUUCGGAACAUAAAGAUGUCAAGGUUUUAUUGAAAACUUUGUAUCGAUGUUGGCAUCAUAACAUCUGCAGGGAGUGCAUUCCCCGGUUUGACCACUCGAAUAGAAAAGGAGAACUUCCGCAUAUUCAGUCUUGUCUGCUGGGUGCGCAGUUUGAACAGGUGACCACGGAAUUUGGUUGUGUUAGCGAAGACAAAAAGUCCCGAAAGGCCAGGCUGGAGUCCAACCCAUUCACUAUGCAGAAUGCUUACAAGAGAUCUCGCCAAGUUUCCUAUAACUCAAACGGAAGAGGUUCAAAUUUACCAGGCGUGUUGAAUAAGGAAAGGAGCUUUGACCCCUAACCGUCUUCGUGACUCUCCACUGAACCCUUUCGAGAGCAUUUUUGCCCUGAACUGCCCACGGUCUCCAGGCUUAUAUGCCGUAUUCCAAGUGCGGCAGCGCUAGUGUUCCAAAAGUCUUUGAGAAAACAUAUUCGUCGAAAUCCAUAAACGCACGCUUGAUGGCGUACAGUACGGAAAUUGAUCUUUUAGGCACUGUCGAACAAUGAGCAGACGCUUUUAGGGAACUAGUCAUCAGCACACCGUGGUCCUUUUGGACUUCGACUUCUCGUAAUGAUGCACCGCCCAGAAAGUAGUCUCUUGUGCUGGCGGAUAUGGUUGCGUUGCCUGGACGAAGUAUGUUACAUUUACCAUCGUUGAACUGCACGAGCCAACGGUCUGACCACUCCUGCAACCGAUUGAGGUUCAUCUGCAGUCUGGCUUCGUCGGCAGGACCUCUUAUUACACUCCAUACCAUUAUGUCGUCUGCAAACAUUGUUGUUUCGCAAUCCAAAGCUUUUGCGGCAUCGUCCACGUAUAUAAAGAGCAAAAUGGGUGCCAGUACCGAAAUCCCGGAAGCACAACUUUUGACCACAGUAGGACCUGAUUUUCCAUGACAGAUGCACACAACCUGGUGUACACCCAAAUGGAAGUUUUGGAUCCAUUUAAGGAGGUUUCCACUUAUCCUUAUUUUUUCAGUUUGUGUAACAGUCUCUGCUGUGGCCCAGUGUCAAAUGUCUUCUGGAAGUCACGGAAAGUUAUGUGGAUCGCGUGUCCGUUGUCGAGAUCUCGGAUUCAGCUCUGGAUUGAUUGCAGCAAGUUUGUCGUGCAUGAUGUACCUUUCCGGAGCCCGUGUUUAGAGUUCCGUAGCAAGUCGUUGACUUCCAGGAAUUUCAACACUUCAUUGUUUAUGAUACUUUCCAUAACUUUACAGAGAAUGCAUUUGAAGUUUUUGGGUCUGUAAUUAGUCGUCGAUGAACUGCUACCACCUUCGUAUGGCGGAGUAAUAUAUACUAGCUUUCAAUCGAUAAGAAGUGUUCCAGUGUCAAAUGACAUUUGAAAGAGCAUCGAAAAAGGCGCAGAAAACUCACUGGCGAGUUCUUUGAGAAGCUUCAGUGGAAUCUCGUCUGAUCCCAGUGACUUCGAUUCGUUCAAUGCCCUUGCUCCUCUACGGACCAUAUCUUCAGAGAAGAGUUUAUCACUGACUCUCGGGGUCAGCAGUUCUUAUGUGGAGGGAGGAAGGAGCCCUGCCUCACUUGUAUAGACUGAUUGGAAAACUGCGUACAUAUUUAGCUUUGUCCGUGAUAUCAACAAUCUCAGUGCCACCAGUAGUCCUUAUAAAGUGGAUUUAGUUCCUGUUCAUUGUAAAUCUUUUGAGGUAACUGUAGGCUAAUUUUGGGUUCUGUGUUGGUUUUUGUAGCAAUUUUUUCUGAAAUUCUCGGCGCGUCUUUAUAAGCAUGCUUCUCAACUUUGUUUCUUUAUGUCUCGCAAGUGUUGAAAUACUCAAUGUUGGCAGAGUGUGAUGGAGUUAUAAGACCGAAAUGUUUCGAAAUGACAGAAUAAAACCAAAACGGCGUCACCAAGAAUAAGACUAUGCGACUUCUCAUCUUCUAAAUCAAGGAUACAGGGGUGUUACAAAUAUUCUCAGUGUAACAGCCCAGACAGAACAUAGGUUUCCGUACUUGUUUUAAUAAAUACCUGAAUACUCAUCCUGUAGGCAAUUCCGGACCAAGCUGGACACAUGGACCCGGUCAAAAUCGCUGGCCUGUAUAUCUGCUAAUUCGCAUGUUCAUUUGUUUUAUGUUCGUUUUCUCGUUUGUCGUUUUUACAUUUUGUUUUACGUCUUCCGUUUUGUCUGGGGUUAACCAAGUAACCUUAUGUAUGUACAUACUCUCCCGGGAAUGCCCUUUUUGUUAGUUUCUGAGUGCAAUUCAUUAUUUGUUUGUAACUGACGUUUAUACACGCUUAUAUUCUCCGUUAUAUUACAGUUUCCCAACGGAAUCUGCCUGUGCUAGUCACACUUGAUGUUUACUUCUGAUGCGAUGCAAAGAAUAUUGGAUGCUCCGACUUCAGACCCUCAAUUUAACUUCAAGGUUAUAAAAGAGAGGAAACUGUCCACGGCAGACAACAAUUCUGUGUCCCAUUCUAGUCCUUUCGAAGCGGAGUUCACACAAGAACAGACGGGAAAAUAAAACUAACUAAUCACUCAUCAGGUGUGUAACGCCCCUGGACAUGAAGAGGAUUAUUUGAAUGUGGUAACACUUUUCGGCUCGAGGACCUAGGGUGGAGAUGGCUUAGCCGCGUGUCGGUGAAGAUUUCCGGUGUCCAUUCCUCUCUCUUCCGCCGAUCCCCUCCACCACACCGUACCGUAACGUUCGUAGCGCUCUCCUCGUCGCUAUGUCGGCACCUUCUUCGACCCUUCCCUGCAGUCGCCCACAGCGCCUCAUUCCCCACCGGUUAAUGAGCUGGAAUGUCGGUAUUGCCUCUCCACCCAGACAGGUUAUUCUACGGUUGUAAUUCAUUCUACCUGUACAAGUAACAAUUAUUAUUAUACGUAUUUUCCGUGCCGUCUCGUUAUAUGAUACUGUAUCCCUUUCACGACGUACCCUCUUCUGCUGCGUGUGAAUGAGUUUCAAGAGAGGUUAACAGUUCUGUUCAGGUCUAUCUCCUCCAGGAUUUGCUCUCCGCGUUUCCUUACUAGUUUGUGUGCUACCCUUGAGGUCCUCGUCAGCUACAGGUGUGUGUGACCAAUAGUGAUCGCGUGGGCACCGGCGACCCUACAAGAUUACUCCCGCGUUUAGACCAGGCUGUUCAUCCCAACUGUCGCGGUGGCAUAGGCUAGUCGACCGGGUCUGCUUAAUACGCCUGUUUCCACUCAUUUUUCAGGUAAAUAUGCGCUGACAUUCUUGAGUAGUCGCUGGUGAGUCUGGAUCUGCCCAUAUGUAUAGAUCGCUCCCCAAAAGCGUUUAGUUUCGUAACUUAAGUCAAGUUGGUUUACCGUUUCAUGACCAGUUGAAACACAGUUCGCCACCAUACUUUUGCAAUUAGCAUUUUAGAUCUUUCCAAGCGGAUGUGGCUUGGAUUAGUAUAUGCUUCCUAUGUCGUUGUAUAUGUUUCUGACUUUCGGGGCAUUUUAUUGAAUUACGCGGUUCCGCGGGACCACGCGCGAAUAGUACAAUUUUUAAACAUUUUUGUUUCUUUUCCAAAUAAAAGUUACCGUUUUCAUCAUGUUCUUUGUACACAUUAUAGUUGGGUCCGACGAAUAUACAUCUCAGGGCUCGGCAAGGUCUUUAUAAUGUUGCCACUCACGCUGGCAUAUGUCCUCGCCUUUCUGUGUGAAAUCUUCCGUGUUCGGGGACACGGGGCAGCCCUGUGGGCCGUUAACUGCGGUGGCCCCUUCCACGAGGACGUCAAUGGCGUCGAAUACAUGGCAGACCCCCUCGAUGUGGGCAUAGCAUCUGAUUACGGAACCAGAUAUAGAUCCUUCCGGCGGGUUCCCGAGGAGGAUUUAAUUUUAUAUCAAACUGAACGAUACGACACAGGAGACUUUUCCUAUGAAUUCCCGAGGCCGUCGGACGGCGACUACGUUUUGACACUCAAGUUUUCGGAAGUUUGGUUUGACAGGCCAGGCGGCAAGGUACUACGUUUUAUUUUUUGCAGGGAAUUCGAACUGGUGCACUCUAACAACACGUAACAUACGACCUGCUUGUCUUUCAUUCCAAAGCAAUUAUUUGAUCAAAACUCGUUGAGUAAAUUUGGGUCUCAGAUUUGCAUGCCUCUAAAACCAUCUUAGCUUCCUACCUAAACAUGAUUCUACCUGUUCAUCUAGCUUUUCUAGAGCCAUUAAUGCCUUUGAGGACUUAGACGUUGGCGUAGGUUCAUCAUGAAUCAUGAAGAACUUGCACCUUACGUUUCCCCCUAAUUAUUCCACUUUAAUUAAUAUGCUAUCUUUCAAUGCCUUUGGCGAAGACUUAUCAGGUAGUUCUGGCCGCGUGUUUGCUUAAGCCGAAAUGCCACUCGCCAAAGCCUGUGCUUUAACGCAUUUAUGGCAUAUUUAUUUAUUUAUUUGCAAGUUUAAAGGACUACGUAUAAGGACCGUACAACGGUCCUGUAUGGUCUCACCCACGUCUUACCCGGAUGUCUUUCAAGGAAAUGAACCUGAGUUCCUGAACCUCCAUUCUACUUUCAUCCUUUCGCAUUGGUUUACCCUGAUCAGCCACGAUGGUUUCUAAUAUUGCUCCAGAGAAUAUUUCUUCGGCGAAUCUCGGCAUUCGAAGAUUGGCCUCUAUGAGAACACAGUUUACCUUGCUAAGGCCUUUAGAGAUCUUUCAGUUGUUCUCUGAUGUCGAGGACUUAACUACACAUCACUCUUACAUCCCUUAUAGGUUUUUGAUGUAACUAUCAACAAAUAUAUCAAAGUGGUCUCGGACCUGGAUAUUUUUGCUAGAGUCGGCUUUAUUACAGCGCACGACGAGUACAUACCGUUGUCCAUAAGAAAUAAUCUUCUUCAAAUUGGAGAUUCCUCCAUGGACAUCACAGGACAAAAUUCCAUUACGAUCAAUUUUCUUAAGGUCAGUUAGACGCACAGAUCAGCGUUAAUUCACUUUCACCCUACCACCAUAUUCGUACAACUGUUAUUAUUAACAUAGGCCAUUUUUUUAGUGCUAUCGAGAGGUUUUCCUGAAGUCAACUUGCUGAUUUUGUAAAGUACAUUUAAAACUUACUAAGGAAGAACCUUAACAAUAUAGGCAAAGAUUUAUAUUACUAGUUCAACCUGUCUGAGCUUCCAUGGCUGGGCUUAUAUGCAGCCUAGCGAUCGAUGGUGGCAGUUAAGCCGUUUUAGUCCCACUUGUCUUUGUCGAUAACACCUAGUAGUCAUGUGGUUGCUCAUUACUCUACGACCACCCUCUAGAGCUUUAGCCGCCAAUCCCCAAGUAUAAACAGAGGUGCGCAUUUCUCUUCUGAAUUUUAUCAUGCCCCUGAGCGCCAUUAUGAUUGCUUACUUGUGGGAGGAAUAGUUUAAACCACAAACUGUCAUCAAACGCCUGCAGCUUUCGUUUGGGAUGUCUCAAACUGAUUGCAGAGCAUUGUUUGCAUCAGGUUUGGUGGCGGUUUGUGGUGCAUUUAACAUCUGUGAGAUAUAAGGUACCGUUUCCGUUUUAAGCCUGGCUUGAGAUCGGUCACCUGUGUGGCGCAUGCAGUUUGUCACUUUUCUCACGAUCUUAGUAUCAGUUGAUCAACCAGCUCGGACAGUCGACUAGUGUACGGAAUAAGGCAGAGCGAGUGAAGUUGCUUCCCAAGUCAUUGUAGACCAUCUGAUGCACUCGAGACUAUCACAGUUCGCUAAAAGCCGCGGUUUGGGAGGCUGCCAACUGACGGGAUAACUCGGACCUCGCACCCAGCCCAGUGCGUGUUUUCGUGGAGUCGCCAACUGGUGGACUGAGAGUCAGGCUGCAAUGGCUUCUUACCGUGGCUUCUUUGAAACACCUUGCAGUAGGGUCCGAGGCACACCCCCAUUUCUUCCAUCUUGCAUAAAAUCCUAGUCAGUGUACAUUGUGGACUAGGGAAUGUCGUGGCACGCGCUUAAGCGCCUGCUCCCUCAUCCACACCCAGUUUUCUUGACUGUUAUAACAUCGGACUCGGGUGGGGGAGGGGGAAUGCAGUAGAUGCUGCAAAAGUCUACCGUCAUUAUGAACAGAUUUACGUGCAAGUCUUUGUUCCUGCUCUCACCCUGCUGCGGAGCGCCCGGAGAUAUCAUUAGUAACAAUGGUCAAGCUGUCGACUGACAAUUUUCUUUUACCUGCCGCUAUAGCCACGCUGGUUAUGGCGACUUGAUUUUGCAUGAACAUUUGAACAUGCCGAGUGCUUAAAUGAGAAAGCAGUUGAUGCCCAAGCUCUUGUCGCUGCAAGCAAAUGCAUGCACAAAUCAUUACAGGGCCCUUAAGAUAGUAGUGUAACUCGUAGCGUGCGAUAUGUGGAGCAGAAGCCGUAGCAUUCGUGACCAUGAUAUUUCAGGCAUGCUCGCUUGCCAUUCUCCACUCCAGAUGCCCGUUUCGUUCUCCUGUGGACCUAAGCAUGCAUAUGUCGUAAAAAACGAGCAACCCAAAACUCUAGGCCCCCCUCGACCCCCCCCCCCAUCUCAGUGAAAUGGGUUACUGAAGCCAUCCCGGCUAACUGCCAAGAUUUUUUUCGGCAGUAGAUUCCGUCCGUGUGCAUUAAGAGCAGAGCACUUACUCCUACCAGAGCGCCUCGGUUCAUGCCUUGCCAUGCCAUUGCUUUCGCGACGAUCCAUAUCAGAUAGUUUCAGAAUAAAUAUUGCCAUAAUUAUUAUUUACUUAUAGAAGAAAAGCCGCAUGAAAGUAGCGCCCACGACCAGCCAUAAUCUAAACACAUCACACAGUGGAAACCGGGAUGACCACGACGCAAGCUGCCACCAAGCCGCCGGUCAAACCGCGUGCGCCGGUCAAAGCAGCCGACGCAGGCCAGUCCCCGCUAUAAGCGGUACUGAACAAAUUGAAGGGGAGGUGUUGGUGCUGCUCACAUUCUCAGAAAAAAGUUAGUAGAUCACAUUGGGAUGCACGUGCGCUAGUCGCCGUUAAAGUACUAAUCAUAGUACAUAUAUUAUAACGGAGCGAGUAAAACGAGUGCAUUACUGUACAGUACUGUAAACGUGAAGUGGUUUUUAUUAACAUAUUUAUUAUUACCGCCCGUUUAAAACUAUAUUACGCAUAGUAUCCAUAAAUUGUCAACAGUCAGCGAGUCGUAUGUACAUACGACAGUUCGACCGUCGCGUCUGACGAUGCCCACCGUAUGCUUUACAGCAGGGUGAGAGCAGGGACGGUGACAUGUGCGAAAUCUUAGUUUACAGCAAUAGUAGACUUGCACAGCAUCUACCACACUUUCUCCUCCUACCCCACUGGACUCGGUUUCAAGACAGAGUCGAGAAGACCGGAGGCGAGGGAGAGCGCAGGUGAAUGGCACGGUCAAGCCCGCACCUUAGCCUUUCAUUCCGUACUUCCUGGUCCACACAACAAAUAACCAAGUUUUUGAUUAACCACAACAAUUGGGGGUGUGGCGGGGUCCCAGUGUGCGCGACGUACGUCGGCAACCGGGUCCACCAUUACACUCCGAAAAUGUUGGCAUUUGUUACCAUGAGCAAAGCCAACAACGCCGGCCAGAGUCCAAUAUGGCUCCUGUGUUGGUCCAACGCAUCUACCACGUGACCCGCUUUGGGGGCACAGUAUGUACAAAGGUUGCACUAUAUACCACACAGGUGCCAGCCAAAAGUAUAUACACGCGUGUUUCGUCGAUAUUCUGCCUCCGCAUGACACAACUGCAAGGGGUUCGGCCCCUCAGUGGGUCUCCCACGUGCUUUCUGGUAGAUAGUCCAGUUUUGAAAUUGCAGCCCUAUAAAUUUCUCCAAAAAUCAAUUGCUCGCUUGGGGUAAACCAGCCUAUUUGUGACUUAUAGACACAGGCUCUAGCUCGAGACCCAAGUCCUGUCUGGCGCAUUUACUCGAUAAGCAACACUUGCUGGUACGGAUGCGUUUCUUUCUUUUUUAGGGCACCAGCGACAACCCCAAAGUGAACGCAAUUAUUCUCUACAAAGGAAAUAUCGAAGGUAUGAUGCGACCCCACAGGCGUUAAUAUUUUCUUGUAUGUACUUCGUCCAACCAAGACGUCUGCGUGGGAAGUAUUAUUCCAGUUAGCACGCAAACAGCUUAUACUGCAGUGGACAAAAAACUAAUUUCCGCUAAAGCAUGUAAUCCAGAGCCCUCCCCCCUACUUCAUCUCUCUCCUUAAGAAUUAUCCAAUUAUGCGAGAACAUCAGACGCGAAGUUGUCGUUAUUAUGUCUGACAGUUCACGCCAGCACCGACUGCAUUUUUCGAGGAGUCGCAACGUCCGAAACGUCACACGGUAAAAACAGCAGGUUAAAGUCAAAAGAGGGCACUUUUACCUACUAACUAAACAAUAUGUAAUUAUUUGAGUUAAAUGAGAAGACGACUGGAUUUUCACCAAAGAUUUGCUCCUGCCUGGGAUCCGAAUCAGAGAGCCCUCUGACCCCGUCCGUCCGCUAUGCCCCCCGCUGGCUAGAUAGAUGUCGUGAAUUCAUUACGAUCGAUGGAUCCCUGCGGAACGGGUUGUUUGUACUGCGACACGCUCUCCUUGUCAGGUCGACACCAUCUGACUGGGUUGGAAAGUAAAAACCACGGUUCUUUACUUCACAGUAGAAAACGUUGAUCGCCAACCGGAAUGUUUUUACAUGCCACCUAACUAUGCACGAUCAUACUGCGCACCGUCUUCGUGAUUUAUACCUUUAUUUCUCAUGUCUCCUUCCCUUUUCUCUCCCACAUUACUGAAGGAUUUACUAAGCAAGCCACCUGAUGACGUUUCCUUUCUUCCAACGAGCCUCGAACCUUAUGUGCCUCAUUUUGAGCGCCUUGUUGACGCAGUCUGUUUGGCUGCGUCGUGGCAUCAGACCUAGUCGGAGGUCUGCCAGGUUAGAAGGCCAUUAGCUACCACGUCAGUCACUGUGCGUGACCUCGUCUUCACAAGAGUUGACUCGAGAGAGGGGAGGGGGGGGAGAGGGAGAGAGGGAGGGGGAAGGAGAGGGGGGGAGAGGGAGGUGGAGAGUGAGAGGGAGGAGGAGGGGGGGGAGAGUGAGAGAGAGAGAGGUUAUCACCGGAGUAAGUGAGAACUGCUGCAUGUAAAGUGGGCGAUCAGCUUUUUGGCAAUUUGACUCAUCCCCCAUCCCCCUAUCUCCAGUAGUAGUAAUCGUUUCAUAUGAUGCGCUGGCGUAUGUACCUUUCGUACUAAGCCAUUACGAUAUGUUUCCUUAAUGCCUUCUUGCCAUUCAGAUGUGCCAAAGUUGCCACCACUGCCGCAGGAGCCGGAGCCCGAAGAGCCCUCUACCUUCACCACUCCCACACCCGCAAGGCGAUCUCGAUCGUUGCCAAUUAACGCCCCUCCCGCUCCCGACCCCUACAGCUCCAUGGACAACUCAUAUAUAAUACCAGUUGUUGUCUGUUUGGCUGCCUUCUUGCCUGUCAUAUUUUGUCUUUGCAAACUGUAA